AAUGUAUCAGAUCUCAAAGAAGAACUAAAACAAUACUUUCCAAUUACUGACCCAAAACAGUUAACAAACCUUAGUUAUUUUAGAAACAAACUAUCUGACCAUUACAGCUUCUCAAGAAUACCUCCUAACUACUUCGAACUUCCUCCUAAAAAAGAGUUACUACCUACAACCUAUUAUCAACUAAACAGUCAUGUACGAUCUUUGUUUCCAUUCGAUCCUGAGAAUAACAAAAUGUCUAUACAACAGGUGGCAGACUUACUUCAUGAACAUUACAAGUUCAGAACUAUACCGAAUGACUACUUCAAACAAAAACCAGUACUUUCAAAACAACCAAAAGACAUCAUUACUACCUUUACAUACUCUUAUCCUAUAAUUGAUAACAACCAAGCAAAAAAGUUCUUAGAAGAGGUUAAGAGAAAAUACAGAGUCACAUUUCCAAUUAGUCCAAAAAUCAUGACAGCUAAUCCAACUGACAAACCAAGAUUACCAGAAGAUCAUACUCAGAUAACACAAUUCAACAUUACAGUCCCAAUUACUUCUCCUAGACAAUUGGUAGACACAGCAAGACAUCUACGACAAGAAUACUACUUCUCAAAAAUUCCAA